GCUCGCCGGAUCAGCUGAUCAGAGAACAAGAAAGCCAGAACCAGUUUCACCAACUUCGCUCAACUUAAUCGAUUGAUUAUUCCGUUGGAAGUGACAAAUCGCAUUGAUCGAUCAGCCGAAAUUGACCAACCACGAUUGACGUUCAAUCGAUCGAUGAAUCAAAAGGAAUUUGUGAAACUGGCAUUUUUACUUUGUAUGGUUGCAAGCUUUGCCGCAUGUCUUGUAUACAACUGAGAACUGUUUUGUUACAUUUUUUUACAUGCACAGAACUCAAGUUGCAGUUUAGAUUUGAUAUUACUUUGCACUUUUUUCCCAUACUCUAAUGGAAAAGUAAUUAAAUGUGAUUAAAAAGUGAUUUAAAUUAAUUAAGAAAACCAAUAAGGAUACACAAAGUUGCAUGUUAAACUGUUUAAAUGGAGAAGCGGAAAAUGUUAGAUAAAAUCACAAUAGAUACUUCUUCAGAUGACUCUGAAGAUGAUUUAUAUACAAAUUUUGCUGGUCGCUUAAGAGCAUUAAAAAAACAACGUUUAAUAGAGGAAGUUCCCAUUCAAGAAAGACUUUCUCCUAAAAUUGAUGAGCAAAUAAAUACGGAUAAGGAAAUAAAUAGCACAGAAACAAAUAAUGAAAACAUAGAUAUUAAUAAACUGUAUGAUAAUAAUGAAAUACAUGAUAAUAAUGAAAUACAUGAUAAUAAUGAAAUAGAGUUAUACGAUAGCGAAGAUGAUAUGCUCGAGUAUGGUAUUCAAACACGAAGCAGAACUAGGAUGGUAAGAAAUAGGCGAAAUAAACGAAAGAAAAAAAAUAACAAUGCUGUCGUUAGGAGAGUUAGAGAAAGGCAUUCGCCUGCGAAUGAUGUACAGUACAAUGGAACGGAAAUCGUUCUGAUUGAUGAUGCGGCCAACAAACCAAUUCCUCAGUUUCCUCAAGAUGUAAUCGCAUUAUCAGAUAAUGAUGAUAAUGAAGGUGAUGAUGGUGCUCUCAGUGAAGACGAUAAUUAUGAGAUAUAUAUAAAAGUGCACUGGAGAUCGAAUAGACUGGAUCGUUUAAAAUUACGCAGACAUGAUAGUUUUCAACAGAUUUUUCAGCACUACGCCAAUCUGGAAAACGUUUCUGAAAAUGAAAUCUUAAUUAUGAAAAACGAUAAAAGUAUUAAUCGUACCGACACUCCUGCUUCGCUCAAACUUACCGUUGUAGACAUACUCGACGGUGGUAUAAUAAAUCCAGGCAUGAACACGCUUACCGAAGAUAAGAUUACUAAAGAUGACAAUGUAUGUAACAUCAAGAUACAAACAUCAAGCAAGAAACAGUCGUUGACCAUCUCACUUAGGAGGGAUCAACAGUUUAAAUUCUUAUUCACGAAAUGCGCUGAACAGCUCGGAAUAAAGGAGAACACUUUGAAGUUUUACUUCGACGGAGAACAAAUUAAUUCUAACGAUACUCCGGAAUCGUUGGAUAUCGAGGGAGAAGCCUGCAUUGAUCUUCACAUCUCUACAUAACAAACCAAAAUGAUAAUAAUUAAGUUUUUUUUAUACAUCUUUGACACUGUUUGCUCAUGUUCGUUUGUACAUAUAUUGUCAUUUUUCAAUUAAAUUAUUUUUACUUGUGUAACUAUUUGUAAAAUUUCUGAAAAUUGUAUGUCUUACCUUUUUAGCAGUGUCUGCUUUUGACGAUCAAAACUUCGUCUAAAGUAACUAUGCAAAAGGUUAAUACUUGUUUUAAAAAAAUAAGGAUCAAUAUAAUGUACCUUGAAUUUAGUCGCAUAAGGUUUUUAUAAUUUGCCAAAUGUAUGAUAUGCCAAUUUGUAAUGUAACUUAUGAUGGAAUAAUCUCAGGAAAAUAAAUUUCAAGCAUAUAAAAAAAAAUCACGAAAUUAUACAAUAAAAUGUUACAAUAUAUACAUGC